CCAAAUUAGGAGUACGUAGUUAUAAAACGAAAAUUUGCGUCUCUUUUGUACACAUUUUGAAUUUUCAUUGUAAAUACUCGCCUUUGAUACGCAAUCCGAUUUGUGAAGUAGUUUUAUUCAGAAACUAAUGCCGCAAGUCGUUCAACAACUGCUUCAGGCUGGGCAUUUUAUUUUUGGCGUUGCAAAUAUAAAUAAAGUCAUACAGUGACCAAUCAGUGGAAUACGGGUAAUAGUAAUCAGUGUAUUAUUCCUCGCAAUAACGAUAAGAUAAGCAGAUAAUAAUUAACAGUUAAGCCGUGAAUAAUCGGUUAAAUAUCUUGACACCUACAUAUAAUAUAAUAAAUGCUUAUAGACUAGUAUUAUUGUCAUUGUGAAGACAUGUAUUUUAAACUUGUGAUUGCUUCUGUUGCUCUCAUGUGUGUAGGUGUUGCCUCAGGUCGCCUCUGGAGCAACUGCUAUGGUUGCUAUGGACAUUCCGCCUACGACCCUCAAGCCGUUAUCAACUGUCGUCGCUUUAUUAAUAUUACCGAACGUCAUUCUUGUGAAGGAUAUUGCGUAUUUCUUUAUGGAACUGUUAUUGGAGAAACAGCUAACGCCACAUUAGCCAUGAGGUAUUGUUCUCGCUAUCAUUGUAUGUUCAUCACAUUACAUGGCGGCGUAAAAGAACACUGUUCGGAUUGCGAACACGACUAUUGCAAUACUCAAACAUAUUGAUUUUACAACAGUUAACGAUUACUCAAAUUUAUAAGUUGUAGAUUUAUAACACUUGCGCGAAAUCACAACCAUCAUGCGGACGUCGAUGUUGGAACUUCUAUUAAUCCAUUUUCUACCUAUGUUUAAAGUAGUAACCAGUUAUUGUCAAUAAAAACGUGGACCUAUAAUAUA